AUGAUGGCUCCUCUCAUGCACAACGACUACACGAUUGCGUGGAUCUGUGCCUUGCCAUUAGAGAGGGCGGCGGCAGAGGUGAUGCUAGAUGAGACCCACCAGGCCCUGCCGAAACCAAGUACAGAUCCAAACGCCUACAUACUGGGGAAAUUACAUGGCCAUCACAUUGUGAUUGCUUGUUUGCCCACAGGCAUAUACGGAACCAUCUCUGCUGCGAUGAUCGCCUCUCAUUUGGUGUCAACUUUUCCACAGGUUCAGUAUGCACUGAUGGUGGGAAUUGGAGGUGGUUCCCCAAACAGCCGCAAUGAUAUUCGAUUAGGUGAUGUGGUGGUCAGUAAGCCAGUCGGAAAAUACAGUGGGGUCAUUCAAUAUGAUUACGGCAAAAGGGUUCAAGGCGGGAGAUUCGAACAAACCGGCAUGCUGAACUUCCCGCCGCAGGUUCUUUUAACCCAUAUGGCCCAUCUUCAAGCGAACCAGAUGACUAGAAGCGCGGAUGCCAUUUCAACUAUUGUGUCGAAUGUAUUGAAGCAGAAUCCGGACAUGAAAAAGGAAUUCACACCCCCAAGUCAGCACACAGACUAUCUCUUUCGAUCAUCUUAUCACCACAUCAAGGAAGAAGACAAUUGCACUAAGUGUGAUAAACAGCAGUUAGUUAAUCGGCAGCUGCGUGAUAACAGGACACCUCAUGUCCACUAUGGGUUAAUCGCAUCUGGAAACCACGUCAUGAAAGACUCGGAAACACGGGACCGCCUAGCGCAACAACUAGGAGUUAUCUGUUUUGAAAUGGAAGCGGCAGGCGUCAUGAACCAGCUCCCCACGCUAGUGAUUCGCGGGAUCUGUGACUACUCUGAUUCCCAUAAACAGAAGGAGUGGCAGGGAUACGCGGCCCUUACCGCUGCUGCCUAUGCCAAUGUCCUUCUGUCAUCAGUCCCUGCUCGCCUUCCCACCAGUUCCGACGCACAUGGUAUUGCCCCUCAGAAUGAUCAAUCAUGCCUUCAAGCUCUACAAGCCGUUAACCCAUUCGUUGUUAAAAAUCGGUUAAAAGAAAACAAGGACAAAUUGCUCGUCGACGCCAUCGAAUGGAUCUUUCAUGAUCCCCACUAUUGCCGUUGGCAGGAUGAAGAUAAUGUUCGCCUCCUUUGGAUCCGGGGAGGCGCGGGCAAGGGGAAAACCAUGAUGUCGAUCGGUCUUGUUGAAAAACUCUCCCAAGAUGAUUCUUCGGUCGUCACGUAUUUUUUCUGCCAAAAUGCUAAUUACGAGCUCAACACGAUCGAAGCCAUCAUCAAAGGAUUAAUUUGGCAGCUCAUUCAGCAGCGACCAGAGCUUAUCGGGCCUCUUCUACACCACUGGGAUGCAGAGCACUCACGCUGGAAAGAAAAAAUGACUUGGCGAGCAUUGUGGGACAUAUUCUCCGAAACGCUUCACCAAUAUCAGCGCCCGCAAGUCUACGUGAUCGUGGAUGCUCUAGAUGAAUGUCAAAAUUCGGGAAUGACUGAAUUUUUGAAACUUAUUGUCAGAACGGGAUUGGAUCACCACCAUGUUAAAUGGCUGUUGACCAGCCGGCCAUUAGAUAGUGCUGAUCGGGAGCUGCUCACGACCGCUGAACAAGUUGGGAUUAGUUUGGAGCUUAAGUCGGAUCAUCUUGAGGCAGCGAUUGAAAUAUACGUUGGCCGUAAAGUUAAUGAGCUUUAUCCUAGUCGCUACUACGGAUUGCAAAUGCCCCAGCGAAUAAAAUCAGAGCUUCUGUACCGAGCGGAGGGGACAUUCCUGUGGGUGAGUCUGGUCUGUAAGAGACUCGAAAAUAGUUCGAUUGGAGAGCGUGUUCCCCCGGCCGAGGCAUUAUUGAUGAUUCAAGAUCUACCACCUGGCUUACAUCGUUUCUAUGAACAGAUGUUUAGUCAGAUCAUCGAGGGUCAUUCCGCUAUAGUUAAGAGCUGCCUACGACUCCUGAGGGUGAUGAUGCUGGUUUAUCGACCCCUCGAAAUAGCUGAACUAGUCAGCGUGACCGGCAUGUCGGAGACUGAGGUCUCAAGUCAAAAGAUUGUGGAUCGAUGUGCGUCGUUCAUCAAAAUGCGAGGAGGUGUUAUUGAAUUCGUGCAUCAAUCAUCCCGAGACUUCUUAGCUCAGCCAUCUCUACUCAGCUCUAUUGAUCAAUGCGGACAUGGAGAGGUCGCAUUAAAUUGCCUAUCCUUUAUGUCAACAGAGCUCAAGGUUAACCAAUUUGAUUUGCUGUUACCGAAUUCGACCAGGAAAAUGGCUGUGGAGGAAGGAGGAUGUUCUAAAGCAAAGAAAGACGUGCUUAAUAGCAUGAACUACGCUGCUACAUUUUGGACAGAGCACCUUGAAGCUGUAAAGGACACUACAAUUGCACGAAGUGCUCUCGAUGCUGGAGGGAAAGUCAUAUCCUUUCUGUCUUUCAGCUUCAUAGAGUGGCUGGAGUGUCUGAGCCUGUUAGGCCAGCUACCACGUGCUAUUAAAGCUCUAAAGACUUUGGAAUCCAUUGUUCGAAAAGAUUCUCUAUUAUAUAUGAUUGUUUUUGAUGCUAAGCGUUUCCUAUCACGUCAUUACCAUACAAUAUCCACUUGGCCUAUUCAAUUGUACAGCUCUGGGAUUGUUUUUAGCCCUCAAAUAAGUCUUGCCAGGGCAAAGCAUAACGUCAAGAAGGUUCCCAAGUGGCUGAAAAGAAUCCCGUAUGCGGAAAAGACAUGGGAAGCUCUCAUACAAACCCUGGAUGGCCAUUCAGGCUCGGUUCAUGCGGUAGCGUUCUCCCCGGACGGCAAGCAGAUCGCCUCGGCAACUGGUGACGGAACUGUCCAGCUGUGGGAUCCAAGUACGGGUGAUCAUCUGAAGACGCUAAAAGGCCAUUCAGUCUGGGUCGAGGGAGUAGCGUUCUCUCCAGACAGCAAGCAGAUUGCCUCAGCAUCUGCUGAUAGAACCAUCAGGCUAUGGGAUUCAAGCACAGGUGAUCAUCUGAGGACGCUUAACGGCCAUUUAUACUGGGUUUAUGCGGUAGCAUUCUCUCCAGAUAGCAAGCAGAUCGCUUCAGCAUCUGGUGACAGAACUGUCCAGCUAUGGGAUUCAAGCACAGGUGAUCAUCUGAAGACGCUAGAAGGCCAUUCAAGCUCAAUUCGUGCAGUAGCAUUCUCCCCAGACAGUAAGCUGAUCGCUUCAGCAUCUGCUGAUAGAACCAUCCGGCUAUGGAAUUCAAGCACAGGUGAUCAUCUGAGGACGCUUAACGGCCAUUUAGACUGGGUUUAUGCGGUAGCAUUCUCUCCAGAUAGCAAGCAGAUCGCUUCAGCAUCUGGUGACAGAACUGUCCAGCUGUGGGAUUCAAGCACAGGUGAUCAUCUGAAGACGCUAGAAGGCCAUUCAGGCUCAAUUCGUGCAGUAGCAUUCUCCCCAGAUAGUAAGCUGAUCGCUUCAGCAUCUGAUGAUAAAACUAUCCGACUGUGGGAUCCAAGCACAGGUGAUCAUCCAAGGAUGCUGGGUGGCCACUCAGGCUCGGUUCGUGCAUUCUUUCCCGACGGCGGGCAGAUCACUUCAACAUCGGAUGACGGAACCGUCUGCCAAUGGGCGUCUAGUGACAAAGCCGUCCAUCUAUGGUAUCCAAACACAGGUGUUCAUCCGAGGACGCUGGACGGCCAUUCAGGCCCAGUUCUUGCGGUUGCAUUCUCCCCGGACAGUAAACUGAUUGCUUCAGCAUCUAGUGAUGGAACCGUCCGGCUGUGGGAUCCAAGCUCAGGUGGUCAUUCGAGGACGCUAGACAGCCAUUCAGGCUGGGUUCAUACAGUUACAUUCUCUCCAGACGGCAAGCAGAUCGCUUCAGCAUCUGAGGACGGAACUAUCCGGCUGUGGGAUCCAAGUACUGGUGAUCAUCUGAAGACGCUGGACGAUCAUUCAGGCUUAGUUCAUGCGGUAGUAUUCUCCCCAGAUGGCAAACAGAUUGCUUCAGCAUCUGCUGAUAAAACUAUUCGGUUAUGGCAUCCAAGCACAGGUGUUCAUCUGAGAACUCUGGACGGCCAUUCAGGCUCGGUUCUUGCGGUUGCAUUCUCUCCGAACAGUAAACUGAUUGCUUCAGCAUCUGAGGACGGAACUGUCCGGCUGUGGGACCUAAGCACAGGUGAUCAUCUGAAGACACUAGACGGCCAUUUAGGCUCAGUUAGUGCGGUUGCAUUCUCCCCAGACAGUAAACUGAUUGCUUCAGCAUCUGAGGACGGAACUGUCCGGCUGUGGGAUCCAAGUACUGGUGAUCACCUGAAGACGCUGGACGGUCAUUCAGGCUUGGUUCAUGCAUCUGUUGAUGCAGUAGUGUUCUCUCCAGACGGCAAGCAGAUUGCUUCAGCAUCUAGUGACAGAACUAUCAGGCUGUGGGACGUUAGAGCUUCACUGCAAUCAGUAAGAUUGCUAGGAACCUCCUUGGCUGCCCUCCGCAAGUUUCGUAAAUGGGACCUCCGAAUCAGAAUGGCAGCACCAACUAAGAGAUUAAAAUUCUCUCCUAAUGGCCAGUUUCUCCUUACAGACCUUGGUCUCAUUAAAAUUGGUAAUAGUGACACUAACUGUGGUCUCUAUCUCGAAAACGGCUGGAUAUUGUAUAGAUCAACACAGGUAUGUAGAAUCGUACCAGGCUUAUUACCAUCUUGCUAUGAUGCGCAAGGCGAUUAUAUUACAAUUGGCUGUAAGAAUGGCCGCGUGCUGUGUCUUGAGUUUGAUUGUAAGAUACUGGAUCAAACUAUGUGA